CAGUCAUUGGAUGGAUUCCUGCAGCCACUGGAGUAAGAGAGAGUAAGAGAAUAUGGGCAGGGAUCCAUUCCCAUUCUGAAAUCCCAAAGGGCGGGCCUUGAAUUUAAUCUUAAGACAGCUUCUCAAUGACUCUUGGCAGCAUUACGGCUGGAAAAAUGUUUCAGGAAUGCCUGCCAACUGAACUGACUCCGGAAGCUGCUCAUGCAUUGAAUUUGACCCAAACGAAAUCAUGUUCACAUUCAUAUCAGGAUAUUAUUACAAAGGUACAUCAUGUUGAUCAUGUGGAAAACAUGGCAAUCGAACCAACGAUUCAACACAAUGAGGAACAGUAUAAUUCUCCAUACAAGAUGGAAAAUUUUCCUUGCCAUGUUCUUACUGUAAGAAUCAUACGCAUGAGGAAUCUCCGCAAAGCUGAUGUCUUAAGUCAAUCUGACUGUUAUGUGACUCUCUGGCUGCCAAGUGCUACAUGUGAAAAGCUGCGGACCAAAACUAUUAAUAACUGCAAGAAUCCUGUUUGGAACGAAGUGUUUUACUACAGGAUUCAGAGACAAGUGAAGAAUGUGCUAGAGCUGGCUGUUUAUGAUGAGGAUGCCAUCAGUGAGGAUGACCACCUCUUCACUUUACGCUUUGAUGUUGGUCGGCUUCCAGUUGAUGAAAGAGUUCUCAUGUAUUUUAAAUCUGAUGAAAAGGCUCAAGAAGAACUGGAAGUUGAAUUUUUAGUGGAACCUGCAAUGGGUCCUCCUGAAACCAUACUUACGAAUGGAGUUCUAGUGUGUCGUGAGGUUUGCAAACUGGAAGCUGCAGUGGAUCAAAAGAAAAGGCACAGAUCAAGGAAAGAUCUUUCACUUUCUAUAAAAGGAUCCUGUGAAGGAAGUCAUGCAUUUAAGCUUGGGUCAGAUGCUAUUAUCACACCACCAUGUCCCACUACUUUCCACUACAUCAAGUACAGGGAGCCAACUUUGGAUGUAAUGUUACCAAAGACAAAGCCACGUUAUAACCCUGUUACCUGUUCUUAUAGAACCAAGGCAAAUGUUCCACCUGUGAUGCUAAAUUCCCUGCCCAUAGGAGAGAAAGUGCCGAUAAUAGAGGAGAAAAAAUACAAUUUGCAUGUGAAAGUGGAUGAGUGUCAUUGUUCCUGCCCAGAAGAUCUCGAUGUGCGCUUGGGAUAUGAUCUGUGCCCACAGGAGGAAGAGUUUGUACGGAAACGGAAGAGACUAGUUGCUCAAGCUUUGAAGCAGGUUCUCCAGCUUGAUUAUGAUCUGCAAGAUCAUGAGGUUCCAGUGGUAGCAGUCAUGACAACAGGAGGUGGUACAAGAUCCUACACCACAACAUAUGGCUGUAUGAGAGGUCUCCAAAAAUUAAAUGUCUUAGACUGCGUAACAUAUAUAUCUGGUGUGUCGGGUACAUCUUGGGCCAUGGCACACUUGUAUAGAGAUAAUUGUUGGUCUCAGAAGGAUCUAUGUGACAAAAUAGAAGAGGCUAAGAAACAAGUGACCAAAACCAAGAUGGAAAUGUUUACUAUGAAUCGUAUGAAAUAUUAUAAGCAACAGCUGAAUCAACGGAAACAAGAAGGACAUAAGACAACGUUCAUUGAUCUCUGGGGACUUAUCAUAGAAUACUUGUUAAAUGAUGGGAAAAAUAACCACAGGCUUUCUGAGGAGAGAGAAGCUUUGGUAGAUGGCCAGAACCCAAUGCCCAUUUAUGUAACUAUCAACAUCAAGGAGAAGUACAGCACUCAUGACUUCAAAGAGUGGCUAGAAUUUACUCCCUAUGAGGUGGGAUUUUUGAAGUAUGGAGCAUUUGUGCCACCAGAGAACUUCGGAAGUGAAUAUUUCAUGGGCCGCUUGAUAAAGAAGCUUCCAGAGAGCCGGAUAUGCUACCUUCAUGGUAUGUGGAGUAGUAUAUUUUCAGUGAACUUGUUGUAUAUUUGGAACCGAGUCAGCAGCUCAGAAGAAUUCUGGGAUAGAUGGACUAAAGACAAGUUAAUAGAUGUUGAUGAAGAACCCAAUCUACCUACAAGACCAUAUGAGAUAAGAAGCCAUAUGUAUGUACCAGCGGGAACCUUUGCCACCAGACUCCGAGGGGCCUUGACAGAUCGUCUUUCUGUUGCCCAGUAUCACAAUUUCCUAAAAGGGUGUCAGCUGCACAACUGCUACUUGGAGAAUGAAUCUUUUCACAGAUGGAGAGCUACUGUGUUGGAUCAUUGUCCCAAUCAGCUCACAGAACAUGACGACUACUUGGGACUGGUAGAUGCUGGAUUUUUCAUCAAUACCAGCUGCCCACCACUUGUAAGGCCAGAGAGAAAUGUUGAUGUCAUUGUGCAUUUCAGUUACAGCUCAGGCUCCCAGACACAGCCUCUGGAACAAACUUGUAAGUACUACAAAUCGCAAGGAAUCCCAUACCCAGAUGUUAUCCUUACAGAUGAAGACAGAAAAAACUUGAAGGAAUGCUACUACUUCCAUCCAAGUGAUACUACUGGUUGUCCAAUCCUAAUCUUCUUUCCAUUAGUGAAUGAUACCUUUCGAUUUUACAGAGCUCCUGGUAUACAACGCUGUACCGAUGCUGAGAUGGAAGCAGGAAAAGUUGAUGUUUCCAGUUGGCAGACUCCAUACAAUACAUACUGCCUCCAAUACAGUGAUGAGAAUUUCGAUAAACUAGUAAACCUGAGUGAAUACAAUGUCUUGAAUAACCGAGACUUGAUUUUGCAGGCUUUGCAUGCAGCUGUGGAACGGAAAAGGCAUCAACAGCAACACUGCUGAACAAUUAAUUCCCUACUAUGUGCAAAUAUAUACCGUGUGUGUCUUGUGCUGUUGUUGUUUUCAGUCUUCAAAGUAAGCAGGCAAGCAAGGGAUGAAGCAAAAAUUGUCUAUAAAUAAUGGUUACUUAGUGGUGACUUUUAAAUGUUUGAGCAAGAGCACUAUUUUAGUUUUCAAUAGAAGGAGGGUAAGAGUCAUUUUAAACUGUAAAAGUUCAUUUUUGGCUGUAUUUAAUAUUAAAUUGCCCAAAAAGUAUAUUUUAAGAA